AUGGACAUUACAAUCGGAAAUGUCAAAAUGUUCAUAAUGCUUAUCAGACCAAAAUACAAAUUUGAAGCAACCAUUGUAAUUGUUUGGUUCUUCACCGCCAUCGAACUCUUUGCCAUGCUCUUAGCUGCAGUAUACAUACCAUUUACUAUCCGAAUUUUGGACAAAAGUCCGUUACUCCACAGAAAUCUAGUACGAAUAUCUCAGGCUACACUGCUCAUGUAUUAUCUCAGCAUACCGGCUCGCAUUGCCUUGCUUCUUUCUGAGUUCGGCGUUCUUGCGGAAGAAGGCAUGUGCACUCACGCACCGUACUAUUCAUCCAUUCCUUUCCUGAAAGACUUUUCGAGGGAGAUCGCCUUUGAGCUCAGACAAUACACCUCGCCUGCGACUGAAAAUGCUGGGUUGCAUUCAGAAUUUGCGUUGAAACGUAGCCGACAUCCGGCUGGUCCUGGCAACGGCCUCGGUCGCAGCAGCAAUCUCGACUACAUAAUCAUUGCCACAGCAGCCUUUGUUCGUACAUGGAGCUCUUGUGUUGCAGCAGUUUACCUACCAGCAGCUAUUAUUGAACGUGGUUUUGCCUCUAAAUUCAUCAAAGACUAUGAAAAAAACUCCAGGAAAUGGAUCAGUGCAGUCAUCGUUCUUUCGGUCUAUGUGGUGUCAGCUAUUGACACUGCUAUCCUUUUAGUCGGUUAUGUCAGCCUCUUUUAUUUUGCGAUGGGUUUUGCAUUAUUCAUAGUUCUUUGUUGCUCAUCGUACACAGCACUCUAUCGCCGCGACUCGGCGAAAUUGCGGGAUAUCAGUCGUGGUGUCAUAAAGAAGAAUGUUGUCUAUACCCUUAGUACGAAAUUUCAGCUGAAGGAGAACCUUAGGGUGAUGAAGAUUCACUGCAUAAUGCUCAAGGUGACUAUUGGAGAACAAGAAAUUUUUCUUGUCAUCAUCUGCCCGGAGGUGGCUAAUGCGAAAGAUGUCAUCUAUUGGAUCCUAAUUAUCAUCGAAAACCUUAUUACCUGUCUAGCUUUAGCUCUAUUGAUCACCUUUUAUCCUAAUGCCGUAGGACGUGUCGUUAUAACCUUCUACGAAUCCGGUAUCUUAGCAUAUGAUGGCUACUGCAACGAAAUGAUUGCAUCGAUAUUGAUCGCUGUAAUUUUCCUUAUCUAUUGUACAACAUUUAUAACUAUUUUCCGUCGAGAUUCUACGAGAUUGCGAAACCUGGACAAUCAUAUGCAGAAAAAAGUCAUCUACACUCUAAGCACAAAAUUUCAACUGAAAGAAAAUCUCAAAGUCAUGAAGAUUUUGAUGCAUCAAUCAAUUGUGGAGGCAGUGAACACUGUCAUUGGAUGCUCGUUAUUUAUUUUGACAAAAACUGUAUUAGAGAACGAUCCACAGUGGAUUCCAGCAGCUCACGUGCUUUCAGAUAUGUGUUUUGCAAUAUCCUUCUGCAUGAUUGCUUUGGUGUAUAUGGUUGCUCUUCGUGAGGUUCGAUUUCGACUUCUUCCAUCGUGGAGCUCGAAAAUUCGAGAAAUGCAUAGGACUCAAUAUAUAAACGAACAUCGUGGAGCGUCCGAUGCAUACUUUAAGCAACUGAGCAACGCCUGGUAG